UCUUCUUUCAGCAGCAGCAACAGUUAGUCAGACACCUCCGUAGCUUGCUAGACAAAAUAGGCGAACCAAUAAAGCUCUUUAGACGCGUUCGUGUGUAUUAGACACUGUUUUAAACCCACUUCUGUCGUCUAGUUAGUUAUCCGGUUUAAUUUCAUAUUUACGGUGUUGUUGUUUUUAUUCAGCUAGCGGGCUGGAUAAGUUAACAUUAGCCUAGCUAGCUAAUAUCCCGACCAUGCGGUCACUAAGCUACACUCCACCUACUAAAGAAGAGGUGGGUAUCACAGUAAAACAAGAAGUAGACGGUGAGGCCAUUACUGUGAAAGAAGAAAAAGACGCGUUCAGAGUGAAAGAGGAGAAGGAUGUUACAGUAAAAAGAGAGGAGGAUGGAGUUUAUGGAUUGAAAGAGGAAGAGGGGGAGAUGACUGUUACAUCGAAAAAGGAGGAGGAAACUGGAUAUCUGAGCCCGGUUUCCCAAACGCAUCUUAAGGCGUCCGACCGUUCCAACGCUGAAUUUAGCUAUAAAAUGGUUUUGAGAAACCGUUCCCUGAUUAACAUGAGAGAGAGUGGGGACUAUCGUGGAUCCUCUGGGGAGCCUCAACAACCUCAUGAUGCUGUAGAGGCAGAGAAGUGUCUCUCCAGAUCAAAACACCUCAAGAAACACCUGCAGAGAUCCACAGGGAAGAGAACUCACUGCUGCUCUGACUGUGGGAAGAGAUUCACCUCAUCAGGCAUUAAAAUUCAUCAGAAAACACACACAGGAGAGAAAUCUUAUAGCUGUGGUCAAUGUGGAAAGAGUUUUACUUCAUCUAGCUGUCUGACAGUACACCAGAGAAUACACACAGGAGAUACACCUUAUAGAUGUGAUCAAUGUGGGAAGAGUUUUGGUCAAUCUGGAGAGCUGACAGUGCACCAGAGAAUGCACACAGGAGAGAAACCUUAUAGCUGUGAUCAAUGUGGGAAGAGUUUUGCUACAUCUAACCGUCUGACAAUGCACCAGAGAAUACAGACAGGAGAGAAACCUUAUAGCUGUGAUCAAUGUGGGAAGAGUUUUGCUACAUCUACCCAUCUGACAGUGCACCAGAGAAUACACACAGGAGAGAAACCUUAUAGCUGUGAUCAAUGUGGGAAGAGUUUUGCUACAUCUAACCGUCUGACAGUGCACCAGAGAAUACACACAGGAGAGAAACCGUGUAGCUGUGAUCAAUGUGGGAAGAGUUUUGGUCAAUCUGGAGAGCUGACAGUGCACCAGAGAAUACACACAGGAGAGAAACCUUAUAGAUGUGAUCAAUGUGGGAAGAGUUUUGGUCAAUCUGGAAAGCUGACAGUGCACCAGAGAACACACACAGGAGAGAAACCUUAUAGCUGUGGUCAAUGUGGGAAGCGAUUUGCUGCAUCUGGCAAUCUGACUCAACACCGGAGAACACACACAGGAGAGAAAUCUCAUAGCUGUGACCAGAGAUAAUCUGAUAAAGUAUCUCUGAUCAAAUAUUAGAAAAUACAUAAAUUAAGGAGUUGUUUCAUGAUUUCAAUGAAUUGAUGUCACAAUGUAGAAUGUUUUAACAUUGUAGUAGGAGUAUUUAAAAGAUGUCACAAUGUAGAAGCCUAAACGUUUGCCCCCUUAUAAAUUGAUUUCAACAUGAUAUGGAUAUUAGCCUCGGGGGAAAUCCAAGCGAAAAAUCCAGCUCUGAAAUGGAAGAGGACUAUUUAUGUGUUUUAACAAAAAUUGACAAACCAAAUAAGAGAUCAUAUCAAAUGUAUUUAUUUUGCCCUUCUUACAUCAGCUGAUAUCCCAAAGUACUGUACAGAAACCCAGCCUAAAACCCCAAACAGCAAGCAAUGGAGGUGUAGAAGCACAGUGGCUA